AAAAACAAAAGAACCCAAAAAGGAGAAAUUGAAAGAAAAUCCUAUAACUCUCCCACCAUAGAAGCCAGUCUUCAUACGGAUUCCAAAUUAUUAUAAGUUGACUCAGCCACCCAACUCACCAAAUUCUUCAUUCCACAAAUCUCCAAGAAAAAAAAAACUAUGAAAAGAAACAUGCUGUUCUUGAGAAGCUUCAUGAUCUUAGUCCUUAGCUGCAUAGCCAUUAAAAUCAACCUUUGUUUUCCCAACAUUCUGUCUUCAUUAAAAACACUCCCCAUUGAUGGACAUUUCAACUUUGAGCAACUUCACCAUGCAGCUAAAGAUUUUGGCAAUAGGUAUAGUUUCCUUCCUUUGGCUGUUCUACACCCCAACUCAGUUUCUGAUAUUGCCACCACAGUGAAGCAUAUUUGGCAGAUGGGCCCUGGUUCAGACCUAACAGUUGCAGCUAGAGGUCAUGGUCACUCACUUCAGGGUCAAGCACAAGCUCAUGGUGGAAUUGUCAUCAAUAUGAAGUCACUCCAAGGCCUUAAAAUGCAGUUUCAUAUUGGGAACUUACCUUAUGUUGAUGUCUCUGGUGGAGAGUUAUGGAUAAACAUCCUGCGUGAAGGGCUUAAACAUGGGUUAGCACCGAAGUCUUGGACGGAUUAUCUACAUUUAACGGUUGGUGGUACGUUGUCAAAUGCCGGGAUCAGUGGACAGGCCUUUCGGCAUGGACCGCAGAUCAGUAAUGUUCACCAAUUGGAAGUUGUGACAGGGAAAGGAGAAGUGGUGACAUGCUCGGGGAAACAGAACAGCGAUCUGUUUCACGGCGUUCUCGGUGGACUCGGUCAGUUUGGCAUCAUAACACGGGCGAGAAUAUCAUUGGAACCUGCACCGGAAAUGGUGAAAUGGAUUAGAGUAUUGUACACAGAUUUUGCCACAUUUAUUAGGGACCAAGAGGAAUUAAUAUCUGGAGAAAGCACAUUUGAUUAUGUUGAAGGAUUUGUGAUCAUAAACAGGACUGGUCUGUUAAAUAACUGGAGAUCAUCAUUCAAUCCACAAGAUCCAGUGCAAGCUAGCAAAUUCAAGUCAGAUGGAAGAACUCUCUUUUGCCUAGAAUUAGCAAAGUACUUCAAUCGAGACGAAACCGCAGUUGUAAAUCGGGAAAUUCAUAGUUCAUUAUCUCAGUUAAACCAUAUACCAUCAACACUCUUUGUAUCGGAAGUUCCUUACAUUGAGUUUCUAGACCGAGUUCAUAUUUCCGAGAUCAAACUCCGGUCGAAAGGCUUAUGGGAAGUUCCACAUCCAUGGCUUAAUCUUCUUGUCCCAAGAAGUAAAAUCCAAACAUUUGCUCAACAAGUCUUUGGAAAUAUCCUUACAGACACCAGCAAUGGCCCCAUUCUCAUCUACCCUGUUAAUAAAUCAAAGUGGGAUAAUAGAACAUCAGUUGUGACACCAGAUGAAGAUGUUUUCUAUUUAGUGGCAUUCCUUUCAUCUGCGGUACCUUCAUCAACAGGAACUGAUGGUUUAGACCACAUAUUAAUUCAGAACAAAAGGAUUUUAGAAUUCUGCGAGAUAGCUCGUCUCGGUGUAAAGCAAUACCUGCCGCAUUAUUCGACGCAAGGAGAAUGGAAAGCUCAUUUCGGUUCGCGAUGGGAAGUUUUUGUGCGGAGGAAAUCGAGUUAUGACCCCUUGGCAAUACUUGCCCCUGGUCAAAGAAUAUUUCAAAAGGCAGUACCUUACUCACAAUAACAUCAAACGAAAUAACAUGGCAGCAUGUAGGCAAAAAUGUUUUUAGAUUUUGCGUAUAGUAUUCAGUGCCUCUAAAAUAUUGUAAAUAUCAUAUGUUAAUUAUUGACUAAAUGAAAACUACUAAUGAUUUAUGACAAGCUUUA